UCGCAGCUAAAGCCAAUUUUCCUUAGUUCGAACGCCAUUUGCGUAUACGUGUUCCGCGCGAUUAAAAUCAUUGAAAAAAUAAUUAUUGUUGAUCGGAUACAAUCCAAAUGCAAGUGCAGUGUUGUUAAAAAAAAGUGAAAGUGUUGUUACGUGCGCUCAAACCGCGGUUCGAUUCCAGCGUCCAGCGUCGAAGAAAUUUGGAUGAAAAUAGGGAAAAGUUACGUGAAAUGAUGGACUUUUUGUGAAGUUGCUGGAAAAUGGUACAAGUGAAGUGAAGGGGAGUGUGAAAACGACAAGUUUCUAGAGCACUCCAUUCCGCAUUGGUGGAGCACGAACCUUCCUCCAGAUAAGGGAAAAGAAAAAAAAAAUCGGCACCAUGGAUACGUCAGCAGCAGGCGAAGGAUCGAGUUUUACGUUUCGGGUCAAACAGGAGCCUGGUCAAUGCGAAUCGGCGGCACCGUCGGUGGCCACCGAAGAUGAAACUGGACGGAUGAUCCGGAAAGUGACGGUGCUGGAUCCGUUGAAGCUGAAACUCCUCAGUCGUCAGAACCACAACAUGCUGCUGUCUGGUUUGAAUGCAGCCAAAGCAAAAGCGAAGCCUCCUGCUCCUACACCACCGCCAACAGUACCAAUAACAGCUGCUUCGACAACCACAGUGACCGCAACAGAGGGGGAACCGACGAAUACUACUGCACUUUGCAUGACCGCAGAUCCGGAACCGUCCGUUGGAGCUGCAGAACCCGCUACGGAACCAACAGUCGAUCCGCCGCCAGUUGCCGUUGCCACCAAACCACUACCUCCAGCAGUUGCCAAAGCACCAGGGGCAGGAGGGGGUUCCAAUCUUUUCCGAAGAAAGAAAGUAGUACCAGUCGUGAUCGCCAAAAAAAUUGCUCAAAAAGAAAAGGCCAAACCAGCUUCGCAGUCUGAAGCAACCAAAGAAGCAGCUGCUGCAAAAACGUCACCCCUUGCCGAUGCUCCUCCGCCACCUGCACAGAUUGAAGAAACCAUCAACAAUGAAACUGAACCUGCUGCAGCUGAGAGCGUGGCGGUAAAAAGUGAAUCAGCAGGGGAGGUGAUACGACCGACAGCCUUCCGGAGGAUUAAACCCAAGGUGGCAAUCUGCCUCAACCCGAGCAGACCGAAAAAGUCGAUUCUGAAAAAGAACAGUUCGUCGGAACUGCUUUCUGGAAGCAACGAACCGAGUAAAUCUCUAAAGGAUUUGAUUCCAGAGGAAACUAUUGUCCUGGAGGAUGAUGAUGAUGAAAAUGAGAAGGUUUCGAUCGAGCAGCAGAAAGCGAAGGAAGAUGAAGAGCAAAAACGAAAACAGCAUGAGGAAGAACAACGGAUACGUGUGGAAGAAGAACGAAGGAAUAAGCAUGAGGAGGAACGAAAGGCUGCCGAGGAGAAGCGAAGAAUAGAGGAAGAGGAAGAGCAAAGUAAAAAAGCCGAAGAACGACGACGGAUAGAGGAGGAAGAAAAGAAGAAAAUAGAAGAACGACAAAGUAUAGAGGAGGAAAAAAAGAAGAAAGCUGAAGAACGGCGACGGAUAGAGGAGGAAGAAAAGAAGAAAGCCGAAGAACAGCGAAGAAUAGAGGAGGAAGAAAAGAAAAAAGCAGAACAUCAGCGAGUGAUAGAGGAGGAAGAGAAGAAAAAAGCCGAGGAAAAGGCCAAAAUUGAGGCUGGAGCUAAAAGUUCAGUUGAAGCGAGUAGGAAAAGUAGAAAAAUUCCGGCGGAAGUUUGGAAGCGACAAAUGGAAAAGAUGCGCACUAAUCCUAACCGUUUGCAUAGUGCUGUUAUAAAUUUGGAACCGUCGCAUUCCCUAGAGAUCUCAAAGGACUCUGUUAUUGUUGAAAAGUCCGAUGUGAUCGUUGCCCAGGAGUCUGUUAGUGUUGAAGCUCCUGUCGUUGCUCAACGAAAGCUGGAACAGGUCGUCAAGUCUGCUGAGCAGAGGACACCUAAUCCGACGAAAGAAAUUCGACGAAUAUGUCCGCUUCCUCCGAGCGUAGCAAGAAAGCUGAUGAAUUGUGUCGUUGUGAAUUCUGCGAAGAAGAAGCCACAGGAACCCGUUCAGCCGGAUCCAGUAAAGAAAUCGGAGCCAUUACCUUCGGUAGCAGCAGAACCUAGCCCUGCUGCAGACACGGUAGUUUCGCAAACCAAAGCGAUACGGCGGAUAUCGAGGCUUCCGCCAAAUUUAGCCAGUGUUAUUGUCAGUGCGGUGAAGCAAUUACCUACACAGGAAAACGAUGUCGAUAAAGAAGAGCUAAAGCUGCCUGCCGCUGUACCUGAAAAAGUGCCGAUCGAGGUCGAAAGAACCAAAGAGACCGACUCGGCGGAACGUUCUGUGAUAUCUGUUGAACAGCCUGCAUCAGCACCACAAUCAACGAAGGAAAUCAAACGGAUAGCACGGCUUCCACCGGAUAUUGCUAAAAAGCUGUUAAGUUCGGUCAACAUAAAGAAGGCGAUAGCUGUGUCACCCCGGACGACAAAACCUGAAACAACCAAAGAAGUUACAGAGACAAUUCCUCCAGUACCCCUAGUGCAUCCGUUGGAACCGCUGGCUGAUCGUGUGCAAACAGCUUUUCAUCAAGGGCCGCAUGAUCCACCUCCAGUUCAGGCUAAACAGGAAGCAAAUCCCCAGAAGGAAAUUCGACGGAUAUCCCAACUGCCACGCAACGUGGCGAUGAAGUUGGUGGAUUCCUUGAAACAGAAAGGAAUAUCCGUUCCCAAGUUGGUUCUAAGGAAGGAAACUCCCGCUGUUCCUGAGUCAAAAAGUACUACCGUAGUGGAAUGUUCGGCCCCCAGUGAACCAACGACUCCUUCCUCCACUGCGUCGGUGUCGGAAAUCAAGAUCGAACCACAGGAACCAACGACCAAGACCAGGCGAAAGGUGGAAAUUUUGUCUCAGGUUAUCUUGCCCACUGCAUCCUACAACCUGGAAGAAUUGUUGGCCGGUAAAUCAACAGAGGGAUAUAAUACAGGACCUUCGGGUGGCAUGCCUCUUCCGCUGCCUAUGCCACGGGCGCGAAAGCCUACGACUUCUGUUCCGGUUGCACCUGUUCCGGCUCCGAUUCACGAUCUUCCGAUGAUUGAAGAUCCUAUAAUGAAAGAUGAUGUUGCUUCCGAAGUUACGGUAACAACCGAGAAAGAUGAUACCGUGGAUUCUUUGCACGAAACUUCCGACGAGUAUAUCAUUCCAGAGCGUGAAGUACAUUCAGAGAACAUACCAGUGCAAUAUGGCCCACCUCCAAAGAACAUCCCUCAACAGCAGGAAGCAAGGAACCAUUCUGUUCAGCAAACUGUUUUCUCCAGUUCUCAAGUUCCAACUUCUCAGCAAUAUGCGGUUUCCUAUGCCGCGAGUCCAUCUCAACCCAUCUAUCCGCAAACGAUGCAAGCUCCGGUAGUCAUUCAACAACCGACAAGCAUACCCAGCGUGCAACCAUCUAUUACGUAUUACGCCAAAAUCCCCAACACUCAACCUUUAUCGCAACCAACACCAUACCGUCCACAUAUUACGGUGGUAUCCCGACCUGCUAUGAAUCCGCCCCGCAUGAUGACUCAGCGGAUGAUUCUGAAUCCUGCUAGUAUCCAGCAACACCCCAUACAAGAACAACGACCUAGGUUUGCAGCUACCCAGUUCGUUUUGGUUCGCCAUCCUGCACCAGUCAGAGGAAGAACCGUGCCUCAAAUCCAACCCCAGCUACAGGAUCAGCAGCAACAGUCUCGGCAGCAUCUCAUGGUUCCAAAGGCUACAUACUAUAAUCGCUAUCCGGCAGCCGGACAAAAUCAGCAUCAGGUCAUAUACCCAACGCCACGAUUCUUGAUAUCCCAGCAAUCUCAAAUUCAUUCACAACCUCAGCCACUGCAGCGACCCCAAUUCAAUUAUGUUAUCCCAACGAUUUCGAGCCAGAAUAAGGCAUUCCGACCAGUUGAACCAGUGCAAAGUUCAUCUCAAGCUCAGCCGACGCAAAAACCGUGUGUUAUUCCAAAGAUAGUAAUCGACAGCAGUUAUGUGGAGCAGCAAGAUCGAUCGCCACCAUCCGCUACAAGUACUCCUCCGUCCGAGCAGCCAAAACCUCUCCAAAACUAUUCACCAUGUUCGGAGGAAAUCAGAAACAAGCUUCGGGACAAGUUACGAGCCAGGAUGCUGCAACAGAAAUCACAACCAGAAAGCCCAUCAUUGGAAACUCCACCGUCAAUAACUCAUCCUCCACCGCCGUCAGCUUCGAUGGCUUCUCAACUAACUGUACCUAAACUAGUUUCUGUUUCGGAGCACCUGAUUCCAACAAUUCCUCAUCGCAGUACCAAAGUUUACCACCCGCAGGACUUUCAACAACCCCGGAUGCAAAUGGCUCGCAGUUCCCAGCCACCUCCCAAACCGACCGACAAUCGCGUCAUCAAGCAGUAUAUUUGUCAGGGAAGAAAGAUCUACCUUACCAAGAUCAGUGUAACGAAACCACCGCCGGCCGGUCAGUCUAAACAACAGGUGCAGCAACACCAUCAACAGCGGUAUCAAUCGGAAACGGGCUUCCAUGGUUUCCCGCAGGCGGUUAUCAAAAACGAUCAGCGCAUAUUCCAACAGUUCAGCGAAACGGUGCAGCAAUUGGAACGAAAGAUAAGCCCGGAACCGCCGCAGGAAUGUACUGAAAAUCAAAAUGUUCCAAACGUUAGAGGUAGGAUCAAAAACAGGAAACCGAGCGUUGUGACGGCGGUGACAGCAGGAUUGGAAGGUGAAACGUUCAUUAUAACGGAACUGAUCGAUCCUCCAGAAGUGGCACAGGAAGUGCAGAUUGUGGAAGUGAAAAAGGAAGCACCGGUGAAGCUUCCUCCGAGGAUAACCACCCGAAGGAAAACCUUUGUUGUCGACGAUUCAGAUGUAGAACUACGAGUAGAACAGUUGCCCUGCGUUGAAACGACUAGUCAGGAAGAGAGUCAGGAGGAGGAGAAGGCAUCCGAGCUGAAGGUGAAGGUUGAAGAUGAAGAAAGGGAAAAGUCUGCAGAGGGACGAAGCGCAUUCGAGCGACACGUGAAGGAGGAGGAUUUUUCCGAUUCGGAUACGAGUCAAGCGGAUGAAGAUCUGGCCAGGGAUAUUUUGGCCCUGGUGGAGAAGGAACGGAAAACAUUACGAUUCGAUUCACCGGCGAAGAAAGUGAAGAAGCGAAUAAAACGAAGAAAACGACGGAAGAAGAAAAAGAACGGUAAUAAGGAACUGAUGGAUCUCCUGAUGAAGCAUGUCAAUCAAGAGUCGUUGAUUGCUGAUAUUGUGGCGACGCAGCAGAAACAAUUACCGGUUGUUGAAAUUUCUGAUACGGAUGAUGAUAAUGAUGGUGUGGUGCAGCGGUUGCCGCAUGUUGUGCAUGUUAAAAAGGAUCCAGAUGCUGUUGAAUCAACAGACUUGAUGAGAUCAACCGAAUCUGAAGUGGAAAUUGAUUCUAACGAAUCCGACAUCGAUAUUUUCGCAGAGAUUCUGAAACCGUUUGUCGUGGAAAACGAACAGGGAAAAGAGAAAGCGGAAUCUGCAAGCGCUGUGACUGCGGAACUUCCGGAAAAGAAGCAUAGCAAAGCGGAGGAAGAAAAAAUGGAGACUACGAUAGCUGUGACUGCGGAACCUCUGGAGGAAGAUAGCAGAAAGGAGGAAGAGAAAGUGGAGACUGCGAGCGCCGUGGCUGAGAAAUCGCAGGAAGAAGAAAGCAGGCCGGAAAAAGAGAAUACGACAUCUGCGAGUGCUGUGGCUGAGGAACCUCAGGAAGAGGAUAACAAACAGGAGGAAGAGAUACCGGAAAUUGCGAGCGCUGUGACUGAGGAACAACAGAUGGAAGAUACUCCUGUGGAGCAGUCAAUACAUGUGCCAAACGUUACCAACGAAUCCGAAAUUCCGGAGAUUUCAGCUGAAAUAGCAACCGAUCCUAACCCAGUGAUUGAACUCAAUCAACCUACUACAAUAUGUGAUCAAACCUGUGAUACAAGUAGUGCCUUACCGGUAGAAGAGCCAAAGCCGAAGAAAGCACCUGCUCCAAGAGCUCCUAAACGUAAGCUCAAACCUACGCUAGUUUCCCGAUCGAAGAUUAGAAAGGUGGAACAACCUCCACCGAUGGAGAUUGAACUCCAAUGUGCUACUGCUGAUGAUAAUGAGGACUCCAGUGAUCCAUUUUCGGAUCGUGAUGAACCACUUCCUGCUGCAGUUGAAGAAUUAGAACCGCAGCAAGUUGAUGCAAACGAAACACUAGAUGCGAUAAAGCCAAGAAGUGUGCGAGAACUGGUGGAUGAAUGGGAUUCGGACGAAGCAUCGAGAGAUGUGGCGAUUUUACGACCGUUCGGAAAGCAUGUUUCGUUCGACAACAACGGCAAUGUGCCUUGUCGUAUAUCGAAAAAUAAUGCGUUGAAGCGGGGAGCAAUGCUGAAUGAUCCAGUAGCAGAAGUCGCCGCGACUGAAAACCCUACAGAGGAAUCUGUGCAAGUGACAGAAGAGGUACCAGUACCAGUACCUACGGAGGUUAAAUCCGUGCGAGUCUCUGUGCGUAAAAUGGAUUUAAUGGAACGUCAAAAGACUCCCGAGCCAGUAGCCGUUCAAAUGGAAGAACCUGUCGCAGAAGACAAAAAUCAAUCUCGUGUUGAUUCGACGGAACAAUCCGUGUUAAGCCUACUGAAGGAUUGGGAUGAAUCACCAGUCAAACAAAGGAGCGUAAAACCGCAGGUAGUUGCACGUGUAUUGUUGGAUAGAAUCGACUCUGAUGAGUUGACCAACUUGAAAAAGAAUGAUCAAUCAGUGGCAGUGCAAACUGAAACGCUGGAUAACCCUCAAGAUGUUUCAGUUGAACCCCAGUGUUCAAUAGUUCUCGAAAACAUUGCGCUAACCGAUCAGAAUCGCUGGGAUGAACCAAGUGCCAGCGAGCCGGAGAGGAUAAUCGCUCGUAUCAUCUACGAUAAGGAUCUGCAUGAAAAAGUGCCCGGUGUUCGAAAAGACAGUUCCACUGAACUUGAUAGUACGUCGUAUGCUGCCAUCACUCAGGAUAGUCCUUCCAGACAAACCCGUAGUCAUAGAAAAUUGGACGGAGUUCCAAAUGUUACCAAGUCACCUACCACUCGGUCGAACAUUUCAAAGCAGACAUCGAUUAAAGCUUGGUUUAGUUCUACGACCAAGGAUUCCCCAUCGCAAGAGCCAGUAAUCGAACAGCAGAAGCCAGCUCCGAAAAUGAAAAGAUCAGCACGUGAGCGAGCAGCGGAAAAAGUCGCUGAAACUCAGAAACCUGCGGGCAGGACCCUGAGAAGUCGCACGAAAUCCGUUUUUGCUGAAAAAGCACCUCUGGCGGAGAAACCAGCACCGGAAGCAGAAUCAACCGAAACGAAAGUGGAAGAAGCACCCAGCGAAAGUCAUACGGAGGUGAUGAAGGAAGCAGGGGGAACAGCUUGUGCGGUACGGAAAGGAGAAGAACAAGAAUCGAAAGAAUGCUCCACUACUAAACCCGUCCCGAUCGUUAGCAAUCGUAUUCCGAUUCAAAUAUCCUCGGAAGACGAAGACGAUGCCCCGCUAGCUAAGCGCCAUAAAGUGCUCCGCAAAAGGCGUUCUAUGAUGCGUCAGCGAGACCGCGUUCGGAAUCUCAGUGCCAAUAGGCGCUUGUUCCGAGGCGGUGGCGCUCAUCGUGGUACUUUAAUCGCAGAUGGCAAUUAUCUUGGCGAGACGACCUUCAUCAAAACCGAACCACCGGAUGUUGCGGACACUCCUGAAUACUAUACUGCGCCUAACGAGUCGUUCGCUGUCAUCACCCCGGAAGCUAAUACCGAACGGCUACUCUCUGUUGUCACCGUUCAAAACAACCAAAUCGUCCAUGCGGAAAAUUACGACACCGAAACUCCUCCGCGGAAGCAGUACUUUUCUAAGGAUCUUGUCCAGUUAUCCGAUCCGACAGCAACAUCCACUCCCAUACAAGCGCCAACUCCACCUGCAUCUGCACCAGCCGAUGAACACGUUUUUGCCACUCCGGAACCAGUUCGAGUUGCCAAACGAAAACGCCGCACAAAGCAGGAAUUGGAUGCCGAUCGGCAAGCGAAGCAACACAAAAAGGAUGAAGAUGCGGCCGAGCAGUCGAGACAGCAGGAGAAAAAACUACGACCAAAACGUGACAACAAAUCCUAUGUUCCGAUUGAUCCGGAAACAGUCGAUCCAACCAUACAGGAGUUUCAAUGCGCCGCCUGUUCAGAAAGGAUUCCCCGCGAUAUGUGGGAUCAUCACUAUGCGAAGCACAUUGGCCUUACCUAUCGGGUCGAUAUCGAUCCGGUGGUCGAUUUGUACGAUGAAACUACUGCCACGGCAAUUGUAACCCGCUUCAUGAAGGUGCACCGACAAGUGACGAUCUACUGCGAUAAGUGCAACGUGGCUAAGAAAUCAGCUCUCGGAUUAGUGUCUCAUCGGUUGAUUUGUGGCAUGACGAAACAAGAGAUCGAAGCUAGUAAGGUAACUUGCGAGCAUUGCAAUCGGAAGUUAAUGGCCGUCAGUAUGAAUUGCCACCUAUCAUCGCACUGUCCGGUGCUUAAGAAGAAGAAGCUGGAACAGGCCUUGGAUCUGGCAAAGCUGAAAUCAGAAGAGGCAGCCAGUAGUCAGGUGGAUCCAGUGACGUUGACACAGCGGGGAACGAUCAAGCGAAAGGCAACUGCUAAGGCCGAGAAACGCAUCCAAAACAUAUCGUUUAGCGAGUUGAUCCUGACGGUGUCCAAGGAAAAGGUAACCGAUGGCUGCUUGGCAUUGUGGAAAACUCAGUUCCGCAAGGCAAAGACGGCCUUAUGUGUGUUCCAGACUUGCGAUUUUACCGGCAACGACGAAAUGGAAAUGCGGCACCAUCACGAAUUCUGUCCUUCUCCGUGCGAGCUGUUUGAGUGCAAAAACUGCAAAUAUCAGACGGAAAUGAUCGAACAAAUGGCGAAGCACAUAAAAUUGAAACACUCGGCUGUGCUGGCCAGCAUCACGGCGGCCGACAGCAGCGGAACGGAUGCGAAGAUGACUUCCGAAUCAUCAGAAGACGAGGGCACCUCGGGAGCGGACGAAAACGAAGAACCGUUAAGUACAGCGUUCGAUGAUGAUGAGAAGCCUAAGAAGGCAAAGCGUAAAUCGAUAAAGUCCUUGCUGAAAUCGUGCAACAGGUUAGGGAACAGCACCCGAGAUCAGUUCAAUGAGGAGAGCGAUGUGUACCGAGAGAUGGUUCUGGACGAGGUGAUCCAACUGCGAUCACAGAAGAGUGACUUUCACCUGACGGCACGGGAAUGGACGGCAGAAUUCCGCGCGAUGCAAUACAGCCGGACGACUCUGUUCGUCGAGUUGCGGCCCGAUUUGGAUGUCCGCUUUCUAACGUUCAAUAUGGUCCAGGAGUACAUUCCGAAGCGAGCCAAAUCGUUGCGAUUCAUGAUACGAAGUACGAACCUGUAUAACGCACCGAUCCUUGCGCAAGAGUAUACCGAAAAGUGGCAGCAUUUGGAAGUGUUUAGCGGGCAGGUGAACGACAAGGAGUCGAUAUUCUACUGCGGAGGUCCGAUCGUUGCCCUGGAUUGGUUGCCAGUGCCAGACCGACGGGAUGAGCACCAGAUCUUGGCCGUGGCUUGCAAGAAUGACUUUGAUGAGUUCUACUUGGCGGAUCGUAUCUACCCGACCAAGUGUUUGAUCCAGAUCUGGGAUGUGGGCUUCCUCAGCAAUAGCAAUGUGUACAACAAAAAAGUGGAAAACUCGGCCCCCACACUGCUGUACUCGAUUGCGUGCGACUUUGGUCCCAUUUGGUCGCUAAAGUUUUGCCCCAGUGGGUGUUACAAUUCCAAGGACGAAGGCGACGAGUACGACCGACUGGGAUUACUCGCUGCUGCCGGAUCCGAUGGAAACGUGCACAUCUUUUCGCUGGCCCGAAACUACGAAAACUUGAUCUCGAAUAGCUACCGGGUUGUCAACCUAACUCCGGUUCUCAAGUUGACCUUGUCUCUGGAAGGUGAUAGCAGUUGUUCUCAGUAUGAGUGUCACAGUGCUGUGAAACUUUCCUGGUCCAAGAGUAAGAAUCACGCGGUGCUAGCGGCGGGUUAUUCCAACGGAGCCGUUGCCGUGUGGAAUCUCAAUUCUACGUCGCCACUGCUAAUGGGAACUAGGGAUGGCGUCCGUGCCUUGCUACCAGUGCACAAGGCCUUCAUUCCCGACUCAUGCAUAACGGCUGUGGAUCUGCACUACUCAGAUGAUACACGCUACCUGUUGGUGUGUAACGCUGACAGAAAGGUUGUAGUAUUUGACCUCAGCACGGGUUACCUUCCGGUGGAAGUUUGCAGCGUAAACGCUCGCAGCAAAGUUACAACGGCUUGUUGGAACACCCACUUUCCGCUGAUAACGAUGGCCUUUGACGACGUGUAUGCGAUCGACCGGUGCGCUCUGACGUUUCAUCAGACUCGCGAAAUUGGGUUACGUUUGCAUCCGUUGUAUACGUUCACGGCGGAAGCGACCGAUAUGAGCAGCAGCGAUCAUCUCUCAACUCAUGUGAUCGGGACGGACGGCGGGGAUGUCCUGUGCCAUCAACCGAUGGCGUACGUUCAUCAUAUGGGACAGAAAAAUACCCAGCUGAUGAAAUACAUACUGACGUCGACAAUAUCGGUGAAGGUGAACGACGAAUUGACCGAUAAUUCGUAUGCCAUGUUUCAGAAGAACUAUGGAGUGCUGUUUUCGGACAGUGAUAAGCACUCAUCCCGCAUGGAUCUGCGAUCGCUGCAGGUGAAGUCGUUCCGUCGUGCCUUGCUGCACGAAUAUCCCGGCAUCCGGGUCAACCAGGUUCGGUGGAAUCCAAACGAAAAGUCACAGCAAUACUACGCCAUCGGUUAUCAGGCUGGAUUUGUUCGCGUUCGAGUUUUCCGGUUCAAGUGAGAAAAUCCUGCAAGGUUGGAUUAGGUUGGUACAUACCUAGGGAAAGGUAUAUAGUAGAGAUAAUAUAUGAAGUGGACUCGCCGUGAGCGGUGGGUGUUUUUUAUGACAUGGAGACUGAUUUGGGUUAAAAAUUUGUUUUAUAUACUUGCAUAACAGAGAGGUGAUAUUUUAGUUUGAUUUAGUUCAGAAACGAGGUAGAUGUGUACAUUUUCUUUAUGUUUUUUUUAAAUUAUUCGACAUUGAGGAAAUCCCAAAAGAUUAAACAUUAAGCUGGAGAAAAAGCAUACACACACAAGCUAGUUUAGUAUUACACAUACUACUCUCACUCGAAACGUACAGAGUCCGCAUCGGGACUU